CCUCUACUGUAAAUGCCCCCGACUUCUCUGUACUCCAUCUCUCUCUCAACAUCUCUCUGUCUUUCAGUUUCGUCUUGGUUAUGCUUGGUUGUGGUAAUAUUUGAAGAUGGAAACUGUGCUAACAUUUCUCUUUGCACUGCUAUUCCUAAAUGGCUGGAUUGCAGUGGGAGGAGUAGAUCAUCUCAAGUAUAAAGACCCAAGGCAACCUUUGAAUGUUAGAGUAAAUGAUCUUUUAAGCAGGAUGACUUUUGCUGAGAAGAUAGGCCAAAUGGCUCAAAUUGCCAGGGAAAACGCAACAGCAGAAGUUAUGGCAGAGCGCUUUAUAGGUAGUGUUUUGAGUGGAGCAGGAAGUGUGCCUGCACCAAAGGCAUCUGUGAAGCUUUGGGUGGAUAUGGUAAAUGAGAUACAGAAGGGAGCUCUUUCUACUCGUUUAGGGAUUCCAAUGAUAUAUGGUAUUGAUGCAGUUCAUGGCCACAGUAAUGUCUAUAAGGCUACUAUAUUUCCACAUAAUGUUGGACUUGGAGCUACCAGGGAUCCAGCACUAGUGAAGAGAAUUGGUGCGGCAACUGCUCUUGAAGUUAGAGCAACAGGCAUUCCAUAUGUCUUCGCUCCAGGCGUUGCGGUAAAGAAACACAAAAUAUCAGAAAACA